CUGCGCAGCUGCCGGCGAGGUUCUCGUCUCAGAUGAGGGGAACGAUGCUCUCCACGGUUAUCGCGUGACCACCAUUUAUCACAUUUGGAGCCGGGCACAGGUUGUAGCCCACUGAGCCUGCCAUUAUUAAUCAGCCUGCUCUUUUUCUACCUUUUCAAUAUUUAUUUAUUUACUCAUUUGGGGAUUUCCCGGAUUUUAAAAAACAAAAAAACAGAGCGGUCGCUUGUGCGAUUGCCUUUGUUUCCUGGAGAAGCGGACAGGGGGGGCUGAACCGUGAUGCUGCAGCGCUCGCCCACCCGAACAGAGCGCUGGUAAACAGAAGACAUGGAUGUCAUUGACGGGAAAGUGGCCAUUCCUGUUCGCUCUCACCUCACAUCGUCCGUUGUUGAACGAUAGGCUCUCCUCUGCAUGGUGUUUCGCUGCUGAACAGGGCUCGCUUUCUAGGGAAACAAAUGGUGCAAGCAGUGGCCGACGGACAGCUCCGGCCAUAAAAGAGGACCAUUAAUAACACAAUUAUACACUUGAACACACACACAAAAGAACAUACAUAUACAGAGAGAGAGAGCCACACACACACACGCACAUACACGCACGGACCUACGCACCUACACACACACACACACACACAGAGCAACUGCCACGCUCAAGCACACACACACCCACACACACAUACACUUACAUACACACACGUCAUAAUGGCGCUAGAGAACUCUGUCUUCCACUCGCGUCCUGGGUCGCUCUCCUUGCCAUUGGACGGAGAGAGGGGGCGAGUAGGAGAGGGGCCGGACCCCCCGGACUCCAAGGGGGAGUCCUCCGUCCUGCUCCCCGCCACCACCACCACCACCAGCACCACCCCCACCCCCACCAGCACUACCAGCACCCCCGCCCCCGUCCCGGGAGUCCUAAACCCCUCCCAGGAUCUCGGCCACGUGGUUACCACGGAGACUGACCCAUCGCCGGUGGAGGCGGGAGUGGAGGCGGAGGACGGGCCGCCCUUGGCCAAGGUCAAGAGGUCGUUCCAGUCCAAACUGGCCGAGCGGGAGCUCAACGCGAACACGCAGCAGCCCAAGAAGAUCCGGGUGGUGGAGAAGGAGAGGGGUCGCUUCGGCUGGGGCCGUAAGCGCCGCAAGCGCCAGCGCUACGUGGAGAAGAACGGCCGCUGCAACGUCUCCCACGGCAACAUGCGCGAGACCUACCGCUACCUGACGGACAUCUUCACCACCCUGGUGGACCUCAACUGGCGCUGCUCGCUCUUCGUCUUCGUCAUGGCCUACGCCGUCACGUGGCUCUUCUUCGGCGCCAUCUGGUACCUCAUCGCCUACGUCAGGGGCGACCUGGACCACCUCGAGGACGAGCAGUGGACGCCGUGCGUCAACAACGUCAACGGCUUCAUCUCGGCCUUCCUGUUCUCCAUCGAGACGGAGACCACCAUCGGCUACGGCCACCGCGUCAUCACCGACCAGUGCCCCGUGGGCACCAUCCUGCUGCUGCUGCAGGCCAUCCUGGGCUCCAUGGUCAACGCCUUCAUGGAUUCUUUGGGUGAUUGGACCACCCUCUUGCAUCUCAUUGUCCAGGUGGACACGCCCUCUUGCUCGGCACGCGAGCUCUCAUUGGCCGCGGCCCGGCGCGAGGCUCACCUGUAUUGGUCGAUAUCCAGCCGGCUGGACGAAGAGCCCACCCUGGCCAACCAGGCGGCCAAGCAGCCGGACAGCAGCUCAGCCAACGGGAAGGGAGGGACAGUGCCUACCUUUGUGCUGGGCUCGAUCACUGGCAUCCAGGAACAAUCAGGUCUCGGGGAACUCAACGGCAGUGUCGCGAUUGACCAAUCAGAAUCAGAGGCCUGAGCAGUAGAGGAACCCCAACGCUGUGGAUCAGGAGUGUAUCACACGGUCGCUUCUGAAUUCCCAGCAGGGCUUGUUUAGAGGGAGAUAGUUUAUUUGAGUUUGUUCAGUUCUCCAUGUCAUUCCGUAAGUGGGCAGCACACUACAAACCGGGAGUCGUUCAACCAGAACACGGCAAGAAUUCUGUUAAGCAAGGGCAAAUAAAUAGCAAGGAUCUGAAGCGGCUGUAGUCAAGGGAUAAAUACUUGAGAAUUUCUUCCUUUUAAAAUAUCCGCUCUGUGCUAAACACUGAGGAAAGGGUCCGGACAUAACCCUGUGUCUUUGAAACGCCUAUUUCUGUUUUUAAGGCCCACAGUUUCUUUGUCGGUUGUAGUAUACUGCCGGGUGUGUACGCAGACAAAGAGAGACGGAUUUGUUGAGAUCUUAAGAGAUGUUCGUGGAAUCCUCCGAUGUUGAUCUUGUGUGUGGUUGUGCGUGUGUUACAUGUCACAUCCCUUUUUCCAUUUUUUUGUUGCAAUGCUGGCUCCGAUCAUCACCCUUGCCUAUAUGAAAUUUCUGAUGACAACACUAUGCUUCAGGUUGGGGUUCACGAUACGACCAUCGGGUCAGACGAGACCGUAUGUUCUUCUGGACCGGGUUUGUAGACUGAGAAUGUAUAGACUAUAAAGUAAAAGUAGCCUAUUUUGUUUUCAGGUUGAAUGGUACACAGGGUCAAAGUUUUCAGAAUAGUGUUCCAAGUUGUGUUCUUUUAGCUAGUGAUAGUAUAGAUAAUGGUUUGUAUAGACACCUACCACAUACCUUAGAGUCGUCACAAUCAGUGAUGGCUCCCAGAGGUUUCCUCCCAUCAUACAGGUGUAACCAAUAGUCGCGCUGUGAUGGUUCACAUAUCAAACUUUGUUUAGGUUAAAAAUGUCUUUUUGAUCUCAGUGGCUUUAAGGAAAACAUCGACAACUUAUCGUUUUUUAUUUACAUAUAUGUGUCUUCCGUAGGAGACAUUUCGUUGACCUUUGGUUGAAUAUUUCCUUGAGGGAAAGGCACAUUUUAUGUUUGUUCCUGUUUGCAAACGUUUGCCGGCCUUCCUAGCAGCGCUCAAGCUCUACAGAAUACACCCUCAGUCUCUGGCCUUCAUCAUGCACACAAGUGUAUAGUUAGUUUUCCGAAGUUGGUUAUUUUUGUGACGUUUUUUUAUUCUCUGUACAACCUGUGUAGCACAUGGAGUAGCUACUUCUCUUUUGACGGUUACUUUUAUUUGUUAUGUUGGUUCUUUGCCGCCUGGGAAUUACAAGCACUAACAGAAUAGACGCCAUCUUGCUCACGUUUAGCCCAAACCUUUAGCUUCUGUUGCUUUGUAAACAUGAGCCUUUUUACUUGAUGUUUUUAAUAUUUAAUAUAAGACCCCUAUUAGAAAGAAUAAAGUACACUAUAUUCUCUAUAUUCAAAAACACAUGUGCCCUGGGUGUUUAUUUUCUUUCACGUCAACUGUUUUACUGAGAUGCAAAACACGCUGCAUGCUUUACAAUACUAUAACAAACAUUAAGAUAGUUGUAUGUAUUUUUGAUAAACAUAAUGUACAAUAAAUACUAACUUUAUCGGGUUGAUAAUUUCUUGUUGAUAAUGAAGGACUUGAUAAUGAACUGUUCCGGUUCAACCAAUAUGCUGUUACAGUUCUUGAGUCCCCACAGUUUAUUUUGAUAAUUACUAUUCUAUGCAUUUAUGGGGUAAUAUGGCCAAAUGAAGCCCAUGGAAAAUAUAUGAAUAGGCCUUAAAUCCUCAUACAACAUUACAUAGUAAAGUUUCAGCAAUAGAAAAUGAACACAGUGCCUUUUCUUUCCUACAUUCCUUAAUUAAAGACCAAAUUUUGGUAAUUAAGUAGGCUAUAUAAAUUUCACUC